AUGAGCCGUCCAUUGCAGAGCAGUCAGCCCAGCACCAGCCACGGCCCCCCCAGCACCACCCCGAUGCGGCGUCGGCUACUGUGGAUCGACCACGUCCUGCUCUCCUGUAAUCCUAUAUUCAGGUUCUUCACUAUUUGCAUUCCUCGAAAACAGCCUUCGAGCUCGACUGGCAGGACGGGCGAUACUCAAAGGGUGAGUUUAAAUAGAUUAGCAUCUUCUUUUACUUAUCUCCUUUUAUGGCAUGAAUACUUGAGCAGGACUAUUAUACUUGUUUCCCGACACCUAGCAACAACUUUCAAGGGUUCGGAGCCGUUCGAACUUUGAAGCCGCUCGAGCUUCGAAGGCGCUCGAACUUCGAAAAAAGUUUUACAGGCUUUUGAAUGUGGCACAUAAUAACUCGAAACGGCAUUAUUAAAAAAAGCAAUUUAUAAUAAAUGUCAUCUGCAGAUACUGGAGAAGCUGAACGGUGCCGGAAGUCUGUUAAGCGAUGCCUCGGUCCACAGUUUCGACUCCAUUCCUCGCGAACCCACCGAACGCCACGAGAUCAUCGAGGGCCUGGAGUACGGUACACUACACUUCAACCUGGAGUACGACUUUGCCAACAACAAGGUAAGGGUGGCGUGUGGUGGGCUAAUCCGGUUGUGUUAUAUUAUUUAUUAUAAUCUCUCAAGGCGAUAUUAUUAGAGCGAAUUCCAAUUGAGUAGCGAGAGUCCUGAUUCCGGGACGGAAUCCAGUCCUUCCGGCUAAGUCUCGAACAUCUCUUUCACACGUUCCUCUCGGCACAUUAUUUAAUCUCGACGUGAUAGAGCACACACAGUCUCGUUUCUUGAACUUUUGAGUUUUCGAAAUGGUUUGGCAAACUUUGAAAUCAUACUUUUCAGCCUUCUAAAGUUACAGUUUGUUUGUCGAGGUUCAAACAAAUAAGCAUAGCUAGAAAAACAAAAUGUAGUUUACAGUGUUAAAAUUAACCAUUUAAACUAAUCUUUAAAUUUCACUUAUCAAAGUUGUCUUACUGUAAAUACAAGAAAUGGUCUCAGAUGGCCGACCAUUUUAAUCUGUCUACAGUAAUAUGACCUUAUAAUUAUACAGCAAGCUAACUUUAAUGCUCUUGCUAAAUUGUAAGUACAAAGUCUUUAAUGUAGAUCACUUUACUCUUGCAGUCUUUCAAUGAUAUAUAGAAAUUACUGUAAGCUAAUGUACCUUAAUAUGUCAUAAUUCAAAUUCAAUUAGUUCCCUAGUCCCCAAACGUUGUCGCCAAGUAUAUUAUCUUGGAGUGCAUUAGGAACGACAUAAAGACUCUCUUAGGUUCCGAUGUCAUUCUCUCGACUACACUUCCAUUUGAAUUUGUCAUUAGAAAUGCACCAAAUUUGCAUUAAUUUUGGACAUUAUGUUAUUCUUUACAUAUUAUGUUACAUUUUUUACAAUCAUCGCCAGUAUAUGAGAGUAAACAUCCGUAAGAACAUGGGUUUUUACAAAUUACAACUACCGUUAAUUAAAAAGUUGGUUUUCAUGGUUACAAUGUUACACUUGUGGAUGUAAUUAUGUUGAAAAGCAGUGUAAUGGGAAGUAAAGUAAAGGUGGUAUAAUAAGACUGAAAUGGUAAUGAGUGUUAAAAUUAGUGUAAAACAUUUAAAUAUCACAUUAAGGCCCAGAUUUUGAAAAGCGGCUUAAGAGACUUAAGUAGAAAGCGAUGUAAUCAGAAUUAAUACCUAAAGUAAUGUAAUAAAACUUCCAAUUGGCGUCGAACCCAGAAUAGCAGACCACAUGCCAAUGGCCUAAUUGAUAGUGACAUUGUUUUAGCUAGCCGUCACCAUUCUGGAAUGCCGAGAUCUGCCGGCGAUGGACAGAAAUGGCAUGUCCGAUCCGUAUGUCAAACUCACCUUACUGCCGGACAGGAAGCCAAAGUUCGAGACCAAGAUAAAGCGGAAUUCGCUGAAUCCCGUCUUCAACGAAACCUUCCUCUUCAGCCUCAGCUUCAACGAAAUCCAACGGAAGACCCUCCAGAUCGUAGUAUACGACUUCGACCGACUCAGUAAAGACGAUCGUAUUGGCCAGAUAUCCAUUCCCUUAGAGAACUAUGACUUUGGCGACGUCAGCGACCAGAUUAUGCAUCUUCAGAAGCCUGACAACGACAGUGACGUGGUAUGUUCGUACUUCCUUUGUAAAGUAUUCACGGUAAACAGUUCCGCUUAAUGUGAACGUUAUGUAAUACUUGUUUCUUUCAUUAUUGGGGUAUUGUCUCCUGCAGUAACAAAUAAAACAUUAUAUUUAAAAAAUAAUAUUGUGAAUCUCAGGACUCCCGACUAGGCGACAUAUGCUUCUCGAUGAGGUAUCGACCGGCGACAAGCACGUUGACCGUCACCGUGAUGGAAGCCCGUAAUCUGAAGAAGAUGGACAUGGGCGGAUCCUCGGGUAUGUUUACUUUGCAAUUUUAUACCGUACCGUGCCGUCUGAUGACAAAACGUUUAUUCUUCAGACCCUUACGUCAAAUUGUACAUAUACGAACAGAAGAAGCUAAUCCAGAAGAAGAAGACUUCCAUCAAGUUCAAGACACUGAAUCCCUACUACAACGAGAGCUUUCAAUUUAAAAUUCCACCGGAUCAGAUGGAGGUAAUACAUAAUUCAUGAGUAAUAGGCAUGCACGAAACACCUUAAAACAUGUUUAAUUGACAUUUUAAAACGUUUUCUACUAGCUAUGUGCGAAGAUGAAGUAUCUAAAACACAUCCUAAGAGAUUUUUCCUGAACAAUAUAUAUUGUAAUCCAUAUAAUGCUCAUUUCCAGAGGGUACACAUGGUAGUUAGCGUCUGGGACUACGACAAAAUGAGUAAAAACGACUUUAUUGGUGCUGUGGUCCUCAGCUCGCCUCACCUAAACAUGAGCUCGUGCAGUUUGAUCAGUCAGGAGCAGUGGGCCGAGAUGAUGAUCACACGACGACCGGUCGUUAAAUGGCAUACCUUACAAGGGCGGGACAAAGAGUAG